CGCGAACGCAGCAGUCGCGUUAGACCUCCACGCGUUCUGUCCGUGGGAGCCCAAACGAUGCUGAAGAGGCGUUCAGGAUCAGAUCCGGUGCAGGGAAAGUGAUCGGGAGAGACCAAUGAUGGACUUGAGUUUGCUUCAAGCUCCCGAAAGGGAGAAGAUCCUGCAAGUGCUUCGGAGAGACAAAAUGUUGCGUACGAUGGAAGAAGAUCGGAUCAGGACAAUGAAAUUCCGGCUCCAGGAGCUCCGCAGGAGAGGCGCCAAGAGGUACUCCGCGGAGUACGGCGAGCGGACGUGCGCCCGCUGCCAGACGCCGCUGGGGAGGUUCUGCAACAAGGGCGCCGUCUGCCGUGGUUGCAGCCACCGAGUGUGCGUCAAGUGCCGCGUCUGCGUUGGAGCGGCGGGGUGGAAGUGCACCAUCUGCUACGCCUACAGGGAAGUAAAGAUCCGGUCCGGAGACUGGUUUCUAGAGGAAAAGAUGAAGAAGUUUCCCGCUAUAACAGACAAAUACAACACAGUUGGGGAGAAACUCUUGAAGACCUACAAUGUGCUGAGUCAUAUAGAAAUUGUCCCACCCACUCCACUGGCUCAGUCGGGAUUCGACUUUGUGAGCAAAUCACGGGAUUCCAGAAGGUCCAGCCUGAUUCCCAAAGCAGUGGAAGAUCUUCUGUUUUCGUUCACGAGCGAUGUUAAAAAGACGUCCUCGUCUCACAACGACCUCAACCUGCUGAACGUCAACCGCGCCAAACAUUCGCAUUACGGCACCCAGAAGAGCCUUUCUGACACCAACGUCAGCAAAACUGGAAAACUCUACCAAGGCCAAAGUCUUCCCAACCUGUUCAAGAGAAGCAAGGACAGCGACCAGGAAGGCUGGCACACGGGCCCAGAAGACGAAACCUCCAAUAAUUGGGAAAACUCUGCUGGAAAUCGGCGGGGGAGUUACGGCAGCAUCAGUGCGGACGGCAGCCCGCUGGAGCCCGUCAGCACGGGGGGUGACGUGGAGCUGGCUCUGGCCUACAACGCCGACGCCUCCUGCUUGGAAGUCACCGUGGGAGAGUGUCGAAACCUUCCCCACGGAGACGCCCGGAAGAAGAGGUGUCACCCGUACGUGAAACUCUACGUGAUGCCCCCCAAGAGCGACAAACGCAAGACUGCAGUCAAGAGAAACACCACCAGCCCGGUUUUCAAUGAACGUUUUCAAUACCACAUAGAGCGAAAGCUCCUGACUGGGAAGCGACUGCAGGCGUCUGUGUGGCAUUUGGGCUCCCUGCACAGGAAAGUUUUUCUGGGCGAGGUCCUCAUCCCGCUGGAUGGCUUCCAGAUUGAUGACAAAGACUUCCAGCGCUUCAACCGGUACCCGCUGUGUCCACAGGUGUGUGACUGACGCUGGAGUACGGCUUCUGACGUUCCAGGUGGACGGGUGGGGCCGCUGAACGUCACCCCUUUAUGGAGACAUGUUUGGUUUGCUCUUUUUAAAUUCAGCAUUAAUUUUUUUCAGCCAACAAAACUGUUUCCAAAAAUGCUGUCAAGGAGGAUUUUGUUUUCCAGUAACAGAUUGUGAUGCUUUACCAUAACAUAAAAUAUUUUAAAUUAAUACAGUAUGAUAUAAAUGUGUUUCUGUUAAAUAUGACAUUUUUUUAAUUUUAAUAACAAUGUCCUGUGUUUGGAUCUUCGCGUUUUUGCAGGAAGAGCUGAAAAGUCACAUUUUUGUCUAUUUAUGUAUUUAUCUAUUUUCAUUCCGCAUGACAAUUCUCAAUUUCACAUUCCAUGUGGACAAUA